AACGAGAAAAAAAUGUGUUUUUUUUUUUUUUUUACUUUUUAAUCUUUUUCUGUUUUUUAAUAAUAUUUACUAUCGAUUUUGCAUAAAUUAGUUGCGAGUUGCGGCGACUACAGUUCCUUUAUAGUCAUAUGUGUACACCAUUCAUAUAUACAUACAACAUAUAAGACAGCAAUUUUAGAUUUGUUUGCCUUUUUGUUAUUUUUACCGGUCAUCUUAUAAUAUUUUAUCGUUUGUGUAGUUGUACAUAUACAUACACUAUACAUAAAUGUGCAUAUUAUGAACACGCGACUAAAUUUAAUUGCUAUACUGAUAUACUCGCUUAUUUUUAAACUGACCACGAUGAAGUUUUUUUUAAAUUUACAUAAAUAGUUUUUUUUUUAGAAUGGUGUAUAUACAAUGUAGGUAAAGAUAUAAGCGUUUAUAUGAAUGUGUAUUAUGUAUAUUAAAAAUAAAAAAAUUUAUUCAUUAAAUAGUGUUGUUGGUGGACAACAACCACAAGCAAAUUCAAUUCGUACAUUAGAACAACAAAAUCCAAUAUCUGAUAGUGAACAUAUUAGAUAUGCACCACAAGAUCCAUUUGCAACAGCUGAUGAUCAAAAUAAUUUAGGACGUUCUGAAUUUGUACCACAGCCAACAAUAAGAACAACAACAACAACAACACGUCGCCCAAUAAUUAAUAAUAUUGGAAUUGAUUAUGAAGAAUUGAAUAAACAACAAGCACAACAUGCACAUUAUCAAUUUGAUUCAUCUGUACAAGAUGAAAUCAAUGAUCAUAGUCAUACAAGAACAGAACAACGUGAUGGUCUUAAAGUAACUGGUAUGUAUUCUUAUAGUGAUGGUUUCUUUCAUCGUACCGUACAUUAUAUUGCCGAUGAAAAUGGUUAUAGAAUUGUAAAAGAACAAGCAGAAAAAAUUGGUGAAGGACCACAAUUUAAUGCUGAUGGUGUUGCUGAUGUUAAAAGUUCAUUAAUUGGUGGUUAUUCAAUUAAAAUUGAUGAUCGUGAACGUAAUCCACAUUAUGUUGGUUUAGGUAAUGCACCACCACAAUAAAUAUUCAUGUACAUAAUAUGUACAUUUAUGAACAAUGCAUUGCAGACG